AUGGGUCUUCCUACAAGUGAUGAGAUCCGAAAGCAAGAGAUUCUUAAGACAUUCAUGGAUGAGGUAAAGACAGAUACUAUGCUUAUACUCGAAUUUUCAGCCUUGCACAGGGAGAUUUUUGUUUCAUUUCCUGUUGUUCACACUGAGUUCUUAUUGCCUUGGCUCUUUGUUCAUGCAGCAUCCAAAGAUGGACUUCUCAAGAAGAGAAUAAGAGAGCUCAAUGAAGUCUGUGAUGACUGCGAUUUUUUGGCUUCUUCCCACCGGCCUUCUUCUUACGAUGUGUUUAUCAAUUUUAGAGGUGCAGAUACUCGUGAAAACUUUGUUGCUCUUCUUUACGAUGCUCUAAGUAGUGCUGGAAUCCAUGCCUUCAUAGAUAGCGAAGAACUUUGGGAAGGAGAAGAGAUUUGCCCAUCGCUUUUAAGAGCAAUCCGAGGCUCCAAAAUGUCGAUUCCUGUCUUCUCUGAACACUAUGCAGAUAGCAAAUAUUGUCUCUUGGAACUUGCUGAGAUAUGGGAACGCCAUUUAUCGGAUGGUCAAACCAUUCUGCCCGUAUUCAUUGAUGUUGAGCCAAGGGAUGUUCGACACCAGAGUGGAAGUUUUGAGGGAUCAUUUAAGAAACACAAGAAGAAGUGUAAGUCAGGUGAGGUACAGAGAUGGAAGGAUGCUUUGAAAGAGGUGGGAAAUCUGAAGGGAUGGCCACUCAAAGGAGAUUCAAGCAUUCAGGAGCAACUAACUGUGGUCAAGUUAAUUGUUCAAAAUAGUUUGAGAGAAUUAGAUAUCGCCCCCUUGGAUGUAUGUAGAUACCCAGUUGGAAUAGAUUCUCAUGUAGAAAACCUAAUUUCUUUACUGAAUAUUGAUUCCAAUGAUGUACGAUUUGUGGCAAUAUGUGGCAUGGGUGGCCUCGGAAAGACAACUAUUGCAAAGGCUGUUUACAAUGAAAUCUACAGAAGCUUUAAUGGGAAUAGCAGCUUUCUUCCAAAUGUAAAAGAAGUAAAUAACAAUUUAGUUUCCUUACAAAAGAGACUUCUUCAAGAUAUCUUCAAAAAAGGCCAUGACAUAACCAGUGUUUCGAGUGGAUCAAAUUUGAUAAAAAAAAUGCUUGACAAAGCAAAAGUUCUUCUUAUUCUUGAUGAUGUGGAUGAUCAUGAACAACUUGAUGUGUUGGCUGGUGGGCUUGACUGGUUUGGUGAAGGAAGCAGGAUCAUUAUAACAACUAGAGAUCUUCAUAUCUUGAAUGUGCAUGAAAAUAAAGUUUAUGGAGUUAUUCAUAUAUAUGAACCUGAAGUACUGAAUUUUGAGAACUCUCUUCAACUUUUUAGUUGGCAUGCUUUUUCAGAGAAUGAACCUCCUGAAAGCUAUAAGAAGCUUUCACAUAAAGUUGUACAUCUUGCUGAAGGGUUACCCUUAACUCUUGAGGUGUUGGGUUCUUGUUUAAUUGACAAAGACAAAGAAGAAUGGAAAGAUACAUUAAGAAGAUUGAAAGGUAUACUUGAAGACAAGGUCUGUGAAAAGUCAAUAAAAAGCUAUGAAGACAAGGUUAUAGCAAAGUUGAUGAUAAGUUACAACAAACUAGGUGAUCCUGAGAAAGCCAUAUUUCUUGAUGUGGCAUGUCAUUUCAUUGGACGGAAGGUAGAAGAAGCAAUUUCCAUAUGGGAUGCCUGCAAUUUACAUCCAAGGUUAGCAAUAAAAGAACUCUGUCAAAAGCACCUCCUAAAGAUUGACGAUUUUGGGAUACUAAGUAUGCACGAUCAACUUCGAUAUAUGGGAAGGAGAAUUAUCUCGAUAGAUGGCUCUCGGGACCCCACUAAUCGUAGUAGGUUGUGGUCUCCUGAUGAAAUCUUGAAAGUACUAAAAAAAGAUAAGCGAUUCCAAAAGUUGAAGGUUCUUAUCCUCCGUAACUCUCAUGAUCUCUGUGACUCUCCCAAUUUCUUUGCAUGGUUUCCAAAGUAUUUGUCGGAUGAGUUCUCUCAAAAGUCUCUGUCUCAGCAAUUGCAAGUCACUCUACAAGUUGCCGACAUCCAUUGGUGA